AUGUCGGUGUGCGUGCGGGCCGUGGUGCGGGUGCUGGUGCUGCAGGCGGCCUGGGCGCUGGGCGGCGGGCAGGUGCGCUACUCGGUGCCGGAGGAAGCCAAGGGCGGCACGGUGGUGGGGCGGCUGGCGCAGGACCUGGGCCUGGAGGCGGGCGAGGCGGAGGCGCGGCGGCUGCGGCUGGUGUCGCAGGGCCGGCGGGCGAGCGUGGAGGUGAGCGGGGCGAGCGGGGCGCUGGUGGUGAGCUCGCGGCUGGACCGGGAGGAGCUGUGCGGGAAGAGCGCGCCCUGCGCCCUGCGCCUGGAGGUGCUGCUGGAGCGGCCGCUGCGCGUCUUCCACGUGGAGGUGGAGGUCACCGACAUCAACGACAAUGCCCCGCUCUUCCCCGCCCCUCUGGUAAACCUCAGUUUACCCGAAAAUCGCCUCCCGGUUCCCGGUUUCCCGCUGGAGGGCGCGUCGGAUGCGGAUAUCGGAGCCAACGCGCAGCUCUCCUAUACCCUCAGCCCCAGCGAGCACUUCGCCCUGGACGUGAAAUCUUCGGAUGAUGGUAGGAAGUCGCUGUUCCUGGUGCUGACGAAAGGUCUGGACCGCGAGUCGCUGGCCGAGCACCGUCUGUUGCUGACGGCGAGUGACGGGGGCAGGCCGUCGCUGACGGGCACGGUGGAGCUGGUGGUGUCGGUGCUGGAUGCGAACGACAACGCGCCCCAGUUCAACCAGUCGGUGUAUAAAGUGCGUCUGCUGGAGAACGCGGCCGAGGGGACGUUGGUGGCGCAGGUGAGCGCCACCGACCCGGACGAGGGAAUUAAUCACGAAUUUUCCUUUAGCAUCGUCAGUUCAGUUCCUGCUGCCAAGAGAGAUGUCUUUGGCAUUGAUCCGCAGACCGGGGAAAUCCGUCUCCAGGGCACUCUGGACUUUGAAGAAGUGCGCUUUUACGAAUUACAAAUCGAAGCGAGAGACAAGGGCGUUCCGCCAUUGUCAGGGCACUGCAGCGUGGAGCUGGAGGUGUUGGACGUGAACGACAACGCGCCCGAGGUGUGGGUGACGUCGCUGUCGGUGCCGGUGGCCGAGGACGCGUCGUUGGGGACGGUGGUGGCGCUGCUGAGCGUGUCGGACCGGGACUCGGGGUCGAACGGGCGGGUGCGGUGCGCGGUGUGGCCGCCGUCGCCGUUCGGGCUGGUGGCGACGUUCGCGGGCUCGUACUCGCUGGUGCUGCGGGAGGCGCUGGACCGGGAGCGGGUGUCGGAGUACGAGGUGGAGGUGCGGGCGGAGGACGGCGGGGCGCCGCCGCUGCGCGCCAGCCGCGGGCUGCGGGUGCCGGUGUCGGACGUGAACGACAACGCGCCGGCGUUCGCGCAGGCCGUGUACACGGUGCUGGCGCGGGAGAACAACGCGGCGGGCGCGGAGCUGGCGCGGCUGUGGGCGCGGGACCCGGACGAGGCGGGCAACGGGCGCGUGAGCUACUCGGUGGCGGAGGGCGGCGCGGGCGCGGGGUCGGGGUGGCGUCCGGCGUCGAGCUACGUGUCGGUGGACGCGGAGAGCGGGCGGCUGUGGGCGCUGCAGCCC